AUGCAGGAAGUGCAGAAGUAUCCUGUGCUUUACGACAAAUUCAAUGCUGAAUUUAAGAACAAUAUUAUGAAAAAAAAUGCUUUGGCAGACAUUGGCGUUUUGUUUGGUUUAACUGAGCAGGAAUGUGAAUCAAAACACAAAAAUAUAAGAUCGGCUUAUGGACGCUUUUUAAGGAAAAAAAAGAGUAUACCUUUGGGCUCAGGACGAAUUAUCAGUAAAGAGUACGAUUUUUUGCAGUGGUUAAAUGUUUACAUUGACCAUAGAGAUACAACAACUAAUGCUGAAAAUAAAGUAACAACCACAGAAUUAACAACAGAAUCGCCUUUGUCUUGUAUAGAUAGUAAUGAUAGUAUGAACUAUGAAAAAGAUGUUAGUAAUAAAGUAGAAUUAGAAAAUGAAAAUUUAAGCAAAAAUUCAAAUGCAAUAAUUAGUACGAUGAACAAUAUUAAUGCAACACUAGCAGUUAGUACACAUGAAGAAAACGACGAUGUAAUACAUUUUUGUAAAUCUAUUUGUGCUACAAUCAAAAGACUACCUCCUAAAACUCAAGCAGUUGCUAAAAUAAACAUACAGCAGUAUUUAGCUGCUCUAGAAUUUCCAGAUAUUGUUGACUGA